AUGAGUAUCGCUAAGGAAAAGGCCUACUUGUCGGUAGACAUUAACAGUGAUCUAUCACAACAACUCGAAUUUUAUAAAAAAGCAUAUAAGAAAGACAAGUCCCUAACUAUAACAGAAAAAAAUUACAUGAUUGAUGAUGUUAGAAAAUACUAUAACAAAUUAAAAGUUUCUCAACGACUAAGCGAGCCUCGAGAAUGCGAUUAUUGUAAAAGAUUGAGAUAUGACGUUCCGAAAUGCGAACUCUGCGUCAGAGAUUACUUGAAAAAUAACUUUGGAAAAUGGACUUCGGGAAAUACAGAAAUCGAUAAGUUGAUUCAAUAUUGUCAAUUUGAAAUUUCCGUUUCAAGCUACGUUAUUGAAUGGAUAGAAUAUGAGAAAUUCAAAAACGUGCAGUAUAAGACAAAAGGUGGCUUUGGUAAAAUUUUCACGGCGACAUGGAUAGAUGGAAGAUAUGCUGCAUGGAACGCCAAAAAACGUUUAUUGACAAGAUUCGGACCUCACGACGUAAUAUUAAAGAGGUUAAACGAUUCCGCAAAUAUCAACGAUGAUUGGUACCAAGAGGCAAAGACUCAUCUAACUUUUGAUGUUAUUGGAAAUUAUCUUGUGAGAUGCUACGGAUUGACGAGAGAUCCAGAAACAUUUGAUUACAUGCUUGUUCUUUUUCCUUACGAUUGCGAUCUCAGACAAUAUUUAUUUGAAAAUAGUUCAUCACUCAGUUUGAAUCAAAAAUAUUAUAUAAUCAGAAGGUUAUGCUACAGUUUGCAUGAAAUUCACAAACGGGAUGUAGUGCAUAAAGAUCUUCACUCUGGAAAUAUUUUGUUUAGAAAAAGAUAUAACGAAUGGAAGAUAAAAAAAAAAGACGAUAGAGACCUUUUGUUUGAGAUAGCCUUAGGAGGACUUAGGCCUGAGAUCCCUGAAAACAUUCCAUUUGGAUGUGUGAAAUUAAUACAGCAGUGUUGGGACGCAAAACCUGAAAAUCGACCUGACGCAUCCAUAAUUUUUCAAGAGAUUGGAAGAUUGCAUAAUCAAAGAAGAUCAAAAAUAAAAAUUAUUAUUGCAAAGGUUAAAAAGUUUUAUGGAAAAAUAUUAUCAAAAAAAAAACAAAAGCCACGAUGUCGAAGAAAGAGAGUCGAAUGA